GUCUACAAGACCCCGCAGGAGGAUGUCUGUCUCAUAGGCCAGAGAAACCUUGGAGUGAAUGUUGCCGCUAUAAAUCCCAGCGUUCAAAUCAUAUGAGCUCUGUCACUUUGAUGCGCAGCUCAUCAUGGAUCUGUAAAGUGAACAUUGACUUUCAAAUCAUCAGCACCGGUCAAUGCUCAUUGCUGACGUUCCGCAGUCUUGCGAGCUACGCUGUCAUACUUGCGGCAAUUCAUCUGAUCUCCCUGGUUCGUGUUCAGUCGGUCCAUGCAUGCUCACUUGCCGUUUAUUAGUAGUCGGUAUUGAGACGUUAUCCCAUGGACCAUCGUGUUUGAUACAA